AUGGACGGUCCGGCCACAAUAUCUGCCGGCGGGGCUACGCCCGUGUCGCCAACAAGUCCCGUGAGCGCACGCCAUGCGAACAACGGCCCUCCCAAGAGGAAGCGCAGCAGCAUGGCUCUCGACAGUAGCCCAGGCAGCAAUAUUGGUCAAGACGAUGACCAUGGCGAGCCUGACUCGAAAAAGCGCCAACCCGGUGUGAAGCGUGCCUGUAACGAGUGCCGGCAGCAGAAGUUACGAUGCGAUGUUGUGCAAGAUCCGUUCCAGAGUUGCUCAAGGUGCAAUCGUCUCAAACUUGAGUGCAAAAUUGAGUCAAACUUCAAGCGUAUCGGGAAACGCAGCAAGCAUGCCGAGAUGGAGAAGGAAAUCGAAAGGCUGCGACGCAAUAUUGUACGCGCCCAAAGUCAGGGUUACACCCUCGAAGACGACAUUGAGGACCUCCAGUCUCCCGUUGCGACGAGCGUCUACACACACACGCGGAACCCUUCUCUCAUGGGAUCUGACGAGGCUGUCUCCUCGCUGUUGCACCUGAAAAGGGGAGGCUCGUACAGCUUGCCACGCUAUACUCACGAGCUUGAAAAUGUUCGGUUGACCGAGGACUCGGUUAAUCAACUUUUCCACGAAUUUUUCGCCUACUACCAUCCUUUUUUGCCAUUCCUCAGUCCCCAGCAGUCGCCCGAUCAAUACUUCCAACAGCAUUCCCUACUCUUUUGGUCGAUAAUCUCAGUCGCUGCUCGCCGAUAUAGUGCUGACCCAACGCUGUUGACGUCGAUAUCAGGGCCUCUAACACGGUUGUUGUGGUCAACCAUUGGGGAUGUUCCAAGCAGCUACUUCGUUGUCAAGGCUCUGUGCCUGUUGUGCACCUGGCCCCUGCCAACAAGUACGACAAGUGCUGAUCCUACACACAUCCUAUGUGGUGUCAUGAUGAAGGUUGCGACGGGCAUUGGCCUUCACAGACCAAAUCACAGCCAGGAUUUUUCCCGGGUAUCUGUGGAUCUCAACAAGGAACAGCUCCACGACCGUGUCCAAACCUGGGCUGUCUGCAACAUUGUUGCUCAAAGUAUAGGUACUGGUUACGGUCAACCCGCGUCCACUCUCUACGAUUGGACUUUGGCCGUUCGACGAGGCGAGGAUGGGCCUUUUCGAUUGGCCCCUGAACUCGAGGCCAGACUUCAGGUUGAGAGGUUUUGUGACAAAGUCUCCAAAGAGAUGUAUAGUAAUGCUAGCGAUCCCCGAGGCGUUGCUGGAGAUGAGCACCGAGCCAUGUUGAUGAGAGUGUAUCGCAAGGAUUUCAACGAACUGCAGGCCUCAAUCCUUUCUCAGCACCUAGGACCAAUCGUCAACCUUCACAUGAGAGCAGCUGCCCUCCAUUUACGAUUAGCUGGCUUCUUCGACUCGAGCACGACUCCUGGCUACAUUGACGAUUUGAUGGGUCUCUGGCGAGCGACGACAAGUUUCCUCGACAACAUUCUUGAGGUUGAUAAAGUCACAUCACCCGGCCAGAACUCGCCAGGGCAGAUCUUGCUCUACGCAACAAACUACAUCCAACAAAUGCUGAUUGCGGCGGGCUUCGCAUUGCUGAAGCUCAUGCGGUCUUUCUUUGCGAAGACGAUUGACUUUGAUCGCGGUCGAAACCUCUUCCAUCAGACAAUCAACGCCAUCCGCGCGACAAGUGUCGUGAACAAUGACCUCCAAUGGCGCUUAGCCGAGCUGAUGGUACAGAUGUGGAAUGGAGCCCGGCUCGACAAUAACAGCCAGUCAUCCUACGACAAUGAUGACUCCCCACUUCUCAUUGAUGACACAUUGCAGCUCAAGGUGCGGUGUCGUCACAGCAUGAGUCUUGUUUUUGACUCCGUCUGGCGAUGGAGAGAAGAGUACCAAGCCCAAGGUAGAGGGUCACUCGAUGCCCUUAAACAGCCUACUAAUCCGGACUCAGCGAACGAGUCCUCGGCGUCAUCGACCCAUCUGGACAGCACUCUUAUGCCGGCAACUCAAGGAUUGCAAGCGAACAGCAUGCUCGCGUCCAACGGCGCGCUCACUCCUGGAGCAUCUGGCGGACUGAGCAACCAAGCAACAAACAACAUGCUGAGCGGCAUGAACUACGGCGAGACAAAUUACGAUUUUUUCGACCCACAGCACUGGAUGUUGGACGGCCUGCUGGAUUUCAAUUACAACUUUGUGCAACCCCUCGAAGGUGCAUAG